CCCAUCCAUUUUAUUUUUGAGAUACAUGUCGAACUUUGUGCAUUCUUCAUGGCUUGUUACUUGUAUACACUCGCACAAAAGAGUUCCAAGUUCUCGUUGCACUGUUAUCAUUUUCUCUGAAGAGAAACAAGGUACCAAAAAGAAAACUACACGAAAGCCUUGGCCUUUUGGUCGUUUUGUGAAAACUUUUCUGUUUUUCAACCCAAUUGCCCGAGCUUUUUCACAAGAAGUUGCCGUUAGUGGAAGCCUACCCGAUCCUGGUGUUCGAGUACGCUCUCUUCGACUCCAAUUAUUGACCCGUUUAGAGAAAGAUAUGUCACCUUUAUCUGGAAGAGUUGUACUUGUCAUUGGUGCAACAGGUCGUGUAGGUCGUCAAUUGAUAGUCAAGUUACAACACAGUGGUUGUAAAGUUCGAGCCUUGGUAAGAGAUGAAAAUCGAGCUAUUGCUAUUCUAAAAGAAGAAGGUGCACAAGUCGACAAGUUGGAGUUGAUAACUGGUGAUCUACAUAGUCUUGUUCCUGAACAUUUUCGUCUUGUUUAUGCAGUCUUUUGUGUAAUGGGUGUUGCCCUACAACCCAAUACUUUUUCAACUAGCUCUGCUCCCAAUGCCAUGAGUUCUGUUGAUUCAAAUGCAGAGUGGAAACUUUAUACAGAGCUAGUAGAAUACGAAGGAGUAAAGAAUCUCGUUAGUUUUGCGCAACAAUAUUUGGAAGAUGCAGUGCCUGUAGAGAAACAGGAUGUGGAAUAUCUUGAUAUAUUCCCUUUUCGUCCUCCAGCAUCAAAUAUUCCUCGGUUAUGGGGUCCUGUAGAUGAUGUAGUUAUGGGAGGUGUAAGUCAAAGCAAAAUAGAAUUGUCUUCAAGUGGAGAUUCUGUCAUAUUUAGUGGACAGGUGUCUACAGAUAACUUUGGUGGUUUUGCAAGUGUCAAGACCAUUCCUUUUGAAACUCCACUCGAUUUGAGUGGCUAUGAUGGAAUCUAUUUACGUCUAUUGGGUGAUGGAAGGCGUUACAAAUUUAUUAUUCGGUGUGAUAAAAAGUGGGAUGGCAUUGCCUAUAUUUGUUCAAUGGAUACUGUUGCUUCAAUAUGGAAGGAAUGCUAUUUACCAUUUUCUCAAUUUCGUCCAGUUUUUCGUGCGAAAACCAUAACUCCGAUAUCACCUUUGGAUCCCACUACCAUUUAUUCCUUUCAGUUGAUGUAUUCGAAAUUUGAAUAUGAUGAAAAGUUGAAUCCCAGUUUUCAAGAAGGACCAUUUUCUCUAGAAUUGAAAGAUAUCUAUGCCUAUCGCCAUAAUGAAUUGGGUACUAAAACUCCACAGUUUGUAUACUUGAGUGCUGCAUUAGUAAGUCAUUUAACCCAUCAUAUGUCGUUGCCUUCUUCUCUACCUGCCAAGUCACAGAUGGAGUAUCUUUUAUCCUGCAAAUAUCGCGCUGAGCAAGUCAUUCGUUCAUCCACUCUUCGAUACACCAUCGUUCGUCCUUGUGCAAUGUAUGAUGGAAAAGGUAAAGGUUGUAACUAUUUAUGUAUUGAUCAACAAGGAGGAGGUCGACUGACUGGAACUAUUAGCAGACAAGAUGUUGCUGACGUUUGUUUUCACACUCUUUUCUGUAAACGUACGAGCAAAACUACUUUCCAAAUAUCUGAAAACCCUAAUGGAGCCAAUUCUUGUGUCGAUUAUUUUGGUUUAUUUUCUCAACUCGGUUUCAAAAGGGGAAGAAGAAAUGGACAAGUUAUGAAUUUCGACGCACUCACGUUGUAUUAUGAACCUGGCUCUCCUCCUUGUAGAGCAGUUCUUAUGUUUCUUUUAGAAAAUGGCAUACCACAUAAAAUACACCGUAUCAAAUUGUUUGAAAAGGACCACUUGAAACCUGAAUACCAAUCCAUCAAUCCUUUCCAAAAAGUCCCUGCCAUUCAAGACGGAGAUGGUUUCUUUUUAGCUGAAAGUCAUGCUAUUUUGAAAUAUCUUUUUCGUACUCGUGCCAGUAUGAUACAAGAACACUGGUAUCCUUCAGAUCCUCAAAAGAGAGCAAAGAUAGAUGAACUGUUGGAUUGGCACCACUCUAGCUUAUCAUGGAGUACCAAGUUGACAGUUUGGAAUGCAGUUAUGGUAGCCAAAUUUAUGAAUCAACCUCAGUCGGUGAGCAUACCUGUCGUUGAGUUUGCUGUUGGUCAAAUGAAAAAGUCUUUGAGCACUUUGGAGUCCAUUCUCGGAAAUGGACCUUUUGUCAUAAAGGGCAUGGAGCAGCCUAGUAUUGCUGACCUUUCCUUGUUUGUAGAAAUAGAGAAUUUACGCUUACUUCCAUCCCAUGUGUUGUAUUAUAUUAUCCAAUCGAAAAGCAACAAUAGUUAUCUUUCUUCUUCUCCUGCAUGUUACUUUUCGUUAUCCGAAUAUCCUCAUAUAUGUCAAUGGUUGGAUAGGAUGAAGCGUUUGAAAAGUUAUUCUUCGGUACAUCAGUCUUUUGAAAAGGUGGUUGCCAUGUUACAAAAGACGAUGAUGAACAAUGGCUAUGCGAAAAUAUAAAAUGCUUUUGUUUGCACACAUCUUAUUUAUUACCAAACUGAUAAGGCAUCGUUUGUUUGGACAUUUCUUGUUGAACUUGAGCAAUAAUAGGUCUCCAAAUGCGUACUCGAGUGUUGAUAAACC